CCACCUUCUCCACAUCCAUACCUGUCUUCUCCAUCUGCUAGCUAGCCCUUCAUCAUGUCUGUUACUCCAGCCACCAUGCGCCGCCUCAUGCGCGAGCUUACGGAGCUCAAGAAGUCUCCUCCUGAGGGUAUACGCGUUCAGACCAGCGACGAUAACAUGUUAGAUGUUACUGGCAUUAUCCAAGGCCCAGAGGGUACGCCGUACGCUGGAGGCUACUUCAGGGUCAAGUUCCGAUUCACGGAGGAGUUCCCGGCUGCACCACCAAAAUGCUGGUUCGCUACGAAAAUCUUCCACCCUAACGUGUCUAACCAGGGUGAAAUUUGUGUCAACACCCUCAAAAAGGACUGGCAGUCGUCGUACGGCAUCGGUCACAUUCUCGUCACGGUCAAAUGCCUCCUCAUCUACCCCAAUCCGGACUCUGCACUCGACGAGGAAGCUGGAAAGCUUCUGCAGGAGAACUAUGAUAGCUAUUGCGACAGGGCGAAGUUGAUCACGAGCGUGCACGCGACUCCAAAAGUCCCGCCAUCCGAGUUCGCUACGUCCAAAUCUGACGACACGCCUUCCACCUCUACUCUCCCACCCGUCCCCGCACCCUCCACCACUCUCGACUCGAAUAACAACCCGCCAACCUCGUCCACACCCGCCGCGAAGUCAAUUUCUUCCGGCACUCCAGCCUCGGGUGCACCCUCUCAGCCCUUACAACAGUCAGCGUCGAACACUCGCUCUGUCUCCUCGCUUUCGUCUUUGCCUUCGGGCGAGAAGGGGGUACCCACUCCGCUCGGAACGGCUGAUUCGAAUGUCGCGCCGGGGAAUGCUGCCAGCGCCGCGAAGGGCACGCGGAGCUCGACUGCUGUGAAGAGAGGUGCGGCGGCGGGCGUCGUCGGUGGCGAAAAGAGGAAGAAAGCAUUGAAGCGGCUGUGAGUGGCGCGGUGUGGUCUUAUGUGGAGCUUAGCGAGUGUGGUAUAGUGUUAGUUCGAUGGAGAUGUGCGUUGGUGUACUGGAUGAGGACAAUGUUGUAUAAUCGCUCUUAAGAGUCGAUCUAUUCAUAUUUUUUUACAUGGUGUUAGUCUCCUCAUUUCUUCUUCUUUGUUCCUUCUUUCUUGUCGUGUUCUCCUGCUGUGUUACGUAUUAAGUCUUUUUGACUGGUUUAUGUCCUUUAUGUGUAUACGUCUUUAACGUUCCCUUUCCCCUGUUCAUAACGUUCAUUGUUCCCCUUUUAGGAAUAUAAUGUCCAUAUACAUGUGGUUGUCAUUCUCCUCGGCAUCGGUUUACUCUACCUAGCAGGUCUUCC